ACUACAAUUUAGGGGAAUGAAACCGACUAUAAAAUGGGAUUGAAGAGCCAAAGAAAGGCAUCAGUCAGCGGCUCAGCAUUCUCAAGUAAAGAUUACAUUACCAACGGAAAAAAGGAAUCAUCAUGAAGCUAACUCUUUGCAUUUUGAUUGCGAGCGCUCUACUGAUCGGCUGUUCGGGCUCGGCAGUUCCAACUUGUGAAUGCACGGAGACCACAACACCCCCUUGUACAACCCCGCCAACAACCAGGACAACAACCAAGAAGCCAACAACAACCACAACCAAGAAGCCAACAACAACCACGACAACAACAACAACAACUCCUAGACCAACAACAACCACAACAACAACAACCACUUGUAAGCCAACAACAACCACAACAACAACAACCACUUGUAAGCCAACAACAACCACGACAACAACAACUCCUAAGCCAACAACAACCUCAUGCGCCACAACAACAACAACAACAACAACCAAGAAGCCAACAACAACCACAACCAAGAAGCCAACAACAACCACAACCAAGAAGCCAACAACAACCACAACCAAGAAGCCAACAACAACCACAACCAAGAAGCCAACAACAACCACAACCAGGAAGCCAACAACAACCACAACCAAGAAGCCAACAACAACCACAACAAAGAAGCCAACAACAACCACAACCAAGAAGCCAACAACAACCACAACAAAGAAGCCAACAACAACCACAACGAAGAAAGCCACCACCACUAAAAAACCAGCCACAACCACCAAGAAACCGGCAACAACAACCAAGAAACCCAAAACAACCACAAAGAAACCGGCAACAACCACUAAGAAACCUUCGGGUGGAUGCAAGCCAUGUGGUCCCGGUGGUGAAGCCUGCGCAGGAUGCCCGAAUCGGGAGAAUCUGUGCCAGGAAUUGAUUAACCUUCUGAAAAAUCUGGAUCGCAGGGUCAGGCAGUGUGUCUGCGGAGAACCUGCGUUUUUAUUGUAGACAAAUUUAUCACCAAACUGAAGGUAAAAACACCAAAGUUUAAAAGAAAACGACCGAGAUGAAGGUUUAUGAAGGACAAUGAACUGAAAACCUGUGCGCAUUUUUGUUUUGCUUAGUUUUAUUGUUAUCGAUUGAAUAAAUUGUUACAUUUUUUACGUUUUA